AUGAGUGCUCAUACCACCCCCUCGGGCUAUCGCCCCAUCAACUUCACGACGGCGACCACUGCCAUCGCGAGGGCCGGAGGCCGUCUUCCCGUUUCGCGUCAAGAGCACCUUCGCGCUGUGGAUGAUCGCCCCGAUGUUUACGAGGCUAUUCUGCUCGGUCCGGGCGAGAAGAAGAUUGAUGUUGAGGUCGACACCCGUCUGCCUUCUGCGGCUAUCUUCACCUUCCACAAGGAGGACCACACCCUGGGUAACUUGCUCCGCGUUCGUUUGCUCCGCCACCCCCAUGUGGUUUUCUCUGCCUACCGGGUUCCCCACCCAUUGACUCCCAACUUUGAGCUGCGCGUGCAGACCGACGGCGAGAUUACUCCCCGUGCUGCAGUCAUUGCUACCUGCAACGUGCUCAUUAAGGAGCUGGGUCACCUAUCUCGGGAAUUCACCAAGGAGUACGAGCUGCGCAAGAUGGCCAAUGUUGCCAACCAGCAGACUCACGAGUAA